AUGGAUGCUGCCAAGUCGGCUUCCAUUCUCCGUGCUCAACCCCCUCCAUCCUUUUCCACUCUGUCGAAAUUCCGUCGCAAAAUCUUCCUCUCACCUGAGGAUACCCAGAUCUUCAUGAGUCGCUCUAGGAGGGGAACGGCAUCAAGAACAAAACUCUCCUGUGCCAACUGCCGGCGACGACACUUCAAAUGCGGCGGAGAACAGCCAUGUCAGCGUUGCUGGCAAGAUGACCUGCAAUGUGAAUACCCAACGAAACCUUUCAGCCUCAAAGAAUGGUCGCCACAAGAGGCAGGCCUUCCUCCAUUACCAGCACUCCAGGAAAAUCCGAGCAAUGUUGGAACUGGCAUCUUCGUCUCCGAGAAUCGCCGGAUUGAAUCACGUUACGAAGUCUUGAAUCCGGAAACAAAAUCGCCUUCAUCUGUGAGCGCAGAAGAAAGCCAGCUGUCCCGUGGUGGUGGUGUACGAAAUGAAGCGACAAUCCAGCACCCAUCUGAUGCGGCUGCCAGUCCUGUCCCGUUGUGUCCUCCCAUCACAGAGCCAACCGAGGCGUUCUUCAUGGAGCGAUAUUGCAACAUUCUCGGCCCCUGGUUCGACAUGUUUGACACUACCAGACACUGGUCACACGCAGUGCCGCAUCUGUCGUUAUCCAACCGAUCCUUGUUCCGAUCCAUAGUUGCAAGCUGUGCAAAGCAAUAUUCCUUGGUAUCAGGAGAGAGCUCAAUCUACGCCCUGGACCAGUAUAACCGCGGCCUGAAAGAAUUGACGCGAGCCUUGGGCGAUGCAGAGUCGACCGGGCUUCCUGCGGUCUUUGCGUCCUGUUUGCUCACAGGCUAUUGCGAAAUGAUUGAUGCCCAAAGUCUUGACUGGCAUACGCACUUGAGAGGCACAUUCUCUCUGUGCUCAAGUCAGGGCUGGCAUGGACGAUCCGGAGGCGUUGCUCAGUCUUGCUUCUGGGUGUAUUGUCGCAUGGAUCUGCUGGCAUCCAUAGCCAGAGCUCGACAUACUCUGCUUGACCCGUCACGCUGGCUUCCACAUGGAGCUUCGUUGGCCCCGUCCCAUCCUGCUCACGACUGGGAGCUCGAUUCAUGGUGCAAUCAAGUGGUGGUGCUCCUUGCCCAAACCCAUAAUUUACUCUGUGACGUCCGACAGCCUUUGCGUACCUCGACAGAGCAAUCAGAGCUUGAAGAAAGAUGGAACAGGAUCUCCACAUCUCUGGAUAUACAUGAGAGCAGUCGUCCGGUCGCUUUUCGUCCAAUCAUUGACUUGCCCCCAAAAGACCCGCAGGUACCGUUCAGCCAGAUCAUAUAUGUGUCAGCUGCAGCAUGUGCAGCAACGCAAAUGAUGGAUCUAGCUUGUCUGUUCCUCAUCCUCGCCUUCCCGGACAGGACACCUGCUGAAAGAGCUGUCCGGCUCAUGUCCGAAUCCGUAUGCAGAGAAGCUAUCCAUCUGAGUCGCAAGAUUGUGUCGAAUAGCAUCACGAACCGGCAUCCUAUCGCUUGGGCUAACGCUGUUCAGUUGUUGUCCAGCGCCGGGGCGAUACUCGUCGGUCGAGCUGAAAGGGCAGCACUCCUACAGGUGUUGAACGACAUCAAGCGUGAAACUGGCUGGAGUACGCUCGGCAACUGCCAAAAUUUGCACGCAUGGUGGGAAUCUUUUUGGCCAGACGGCGAGGAUCAUCUCGAUACUGCAGAUGACGAUGAGACGAUACGGCGUGUCAGCAGAUGCUUGAUCAGGCUUUCCACCUAG